AUGACAGAGCUGAAGGCAAAUGAUCCCCGGACUCCCCACGUGGCGGAUGGUGUACCUUCCCCGUCCCAGCUUGAAACCCCACUUUUGGAUCACACAGACCCAGACCCUUUCCAAUCCGUUCAGAACUCGGAAACCUCGCCGGUGGUCCCCAUAUCUUUGGACGGAUUGCUCUUCACCAGAAGCAGCGACGAAGAGGAGCUGCUGGACGGGAAGGGGGAAGGCCAGCAGGAGCUACCAGAGGUAGACAGCGCUUAUUCCAUAGUAGCAGCGGGAUCAGGUACAGGAGGCGGUGGAGGAAGAAGUAGCAGCGCCCGACCCCCAGAUAAGGACAGUGGGCUGCUGGACAGUGUCUUGGACACGCUGCUGGCGCCCCCGGGGCCCGGACACAGUCACGCCAGCCCCCCCGCCUGCGUCGCCACCCCCUGGUGCCUCUUUGGCACCGAGCUCCCUGAAGACCCUGGGGCCGCCCUCUCAUCCCAGGGGGCGCUGCCGCCGCUCAUGAACCGGCUCCCGGGCAAAGAGGGAGAAGUCUCAGGUGCUGCGGCCUCGCAUAAGGUCCCGCCCGGGGGGCCGCCCCCUACUCGGCCGCUGCUGGCAGCCGGCCCUCAAUGGCCCGAGGUAGCCGCUAAACCGGCGCUGCUGCCGCCGCGGGACGAAGAUGGGCCCGAGAGCUCUGCCGGGCACCUCUCCAAGGGCAGGUCCAGGGCCUUGGCAGGUGGCGGCGGGGUGGCGGCGGUGGCUACGGCCCCGGUCCUGCCGUCCGUAGGAGACGUCCCUCCGGUGCCGAGGGAAGAUCUCCGCUUCUCUGCGCCCAGACCUGGCCUCUCAGCCGAGCAGGAGCCUUCGACGGCGCCGGGGCGCUCCCCGCUGGCCACCUCGCUGAUGGACUUCAUCCACCUGCCCAUUCUGCCGAUCAACCCGGCCUUCCUGGCGGCUCGCACCCGACACUUGCUGGAAGUGGAGGGCUACGAGGGCAGCGCUGGCGCCUUCGCUCAGCCCCGGGACUCGCCCGCUUCCUCAUCUACCCCGGGAGCCGGAGGCGACUUUCCCGACUGCGCCUUCCAGCCGGACGCCGAGCCCAAGGAAGACGCAUACCCGCUGUAUGGAGACUUCCAGCCGCCCACGCUGAAGAUCAAGGAGGAGGAGGAAGGCGGAGACGGCGUGGCUCGCUCUCCUCGGUCUUACCUGGUGCCUGGCCCCAAUCCGGCCUCUGGCCCUGAUUACGCGCUGGGCCCGCAGCUGCCCCCACAGUCGCUACCGCCUCCGCCCCCACCGCGGGUGCCCCCAUCCAGACCCAGCGACUUGUCUGCAGGCUCCGCCAACGCCCCAGUCAGCGCUUCCUCCUCGUCCUCUGCCUCGUCUUCGUCUUCUUCAUCGUCUUCUUCGUCCUCCUCCUCCUCCUCCACUUCAGCUACUGCCGCCGCGGCUGCGGCCGCCUCACUCUCUACCCUCGAGUGCAUACUCUACAAAGCCGAAACGGCACCGCCUCAGUCGGGUCCCUUCGGGCCCCUUCAUUGCAAAGGGCCGAGCGGGGCCGGAUGCCUCCUGCCGCGGGACAGCUUGCCCUCCACCUCGGCCUCGGCCACCUCUGGCGCAGCCUCAGCCCUCUACCAGCCUCUCGGGCUAAAUGGGCUCCCGCAGCUGGGUUACCAAGCGGCGGUUCUGAAGGAGGGCCUGCCACAGGUCUACCCACCCUAUCUGAACUAUCUGAGGCCAGAUACAGAAGCCAACCAGAGUCCUCAAUAUGGUUUUGAAUCAUUACCUCAGAAGAUUUGUUUAAUCUGUGGGGAUGAAGCGUCUGGUUGCCACUAUGGAGUUCUCACCUGUGGAAGCUGUAAGGUCUUCUUUAAAAGGGCAAUGGAAGGACAGCAUAAUUAUUUAUGUGCUGGGAGAAAUGACUGCAUAGUUGAUAAAAUUCGCAGAAAAAAUUGUCCAGCAUGUCGUCUAAGAAAAUGCUGUCAGGCUGGCAUGGUCCUUGGAGGUCGAAAAUUUAAAAAGUUCAAUAAAGUCAGAGUUAUGAGAGCGUUAGAUGCUGUUGCUCUCCCACAGACAGUGGGCCUUCCAAAUGAAAGCCAAGCUCUAACACAGAGAAUCACCUUUUCGCCAAAUCAAGAAAUGCAGUUGAUUCACCCACUGAUCAACCUGUUAAUGAGCAUUGAGCCAGAUGUUAUCUAUGCAGGAUAUGACAACACAAAACCUGAAACAUCCAGUUCUUUGCUGAACAGUCUAAAUCAACUAGCUGAGAGGCAACUCCUUUCUGUAGUCAAGUGGUCUAAAUCACUGCCAGGGUUCCGUAACUUACACAUUGAUGAUCAAAUAACUCUCAUCCAAUAUUCUUGGAUGAGCCUAAUGGUGUUUGGAUUGGGGUGGAGAUCAUAUAAACAUGUCAGUGGUCAAAUGCUGUAUUUUGCACCUGAUCUGAUAUUUAAUGAACAGCGAAUGAAAGAAUCAUCAUUCUAUUCCUUAUGCCUUACCAUGUGGCAGAUCCCACAGGAGUUUGUCAAGCUUCAAGUUACCCAUGAAGAGUUCCUCUGUAUGAAAGUAUUACUGCUUCUUAAUACAAUUCCUUUGGAAGGGCUGAGAAGUCAGAACCAGUUUGAUGAGAUGAGAUCAAGCUACAUUAGAGAGCUCAUCAAGGCAAUUGGUUUGAGACAGAAAGGAGUUGUGGCUAGCUCACAGCGUUUCUAUCAACUUACAAGAUUUAUGGAUUCUUUGCAUGAUCUUGUGAAACAGCUUCAUCUAUACUGCUUGAACACAUUUAUCCAGUCCCGGGCAUUGAGUGUUGAAUUUCCAGAAAUGAUGUCUGAAGUGAUUGCUGCACAGUUACCCAAGAUCCUUGCAGGGAUGGUGAAACCUCUUCUCUUUCAUAAAAAAUGAAUGUUGAUUUUUUUCUUCUUAAAAAUGGAUUGUAUUUUGUGGAAUUUUUGCUUUGUUUUGGUCAAAAUUUGGUGUCUUAAAAAUUUUAAAUAUUCUGCUAAAUGCCUUAUACUUGUAAUAUAACAUGCAGAGUAAAUUUAAGAGAGAUAUUGUGGAACACAAAUGAAUUUCCUUUAUAAAACAUAAUUAGCAUUUUGUAAGUGUUUCGUGUACUCAUAUUUUCUUUAAGAAUUCACAAGAUUGGAAAAGUACUUUAAAUUAAAUGUUAAACUGAACAUAAUCUGCAUUUUAUUUCAUAGAAUUUAAAGAGAACUAUUUCCCUAUUAUACCUAACAAACCUUCAUCUUAAAAGACAAAU